AAGACAUUAUAUAGUGUCCAUGCAAGCACAAGACAACACAAGCAAAUCUCAUUGAAUAGCUAAAAUUUGGUUGAAGCUUAGCUAACAAUGGCUACUCUGACCCAAUGCACGCUUUGGAAUGGAACAGAGAGCUCUGCGAACUUGGAAUUCUCGAUCUACGAAGGUGCUAAGGAAGACAUUACAAUGACCACACUCAGUUCAUUUGAGCAGUCCAUCAAUUCCAUGGCCGGAGGUUUGGUUUAUAAUAUCGGAACUAAGAUUAAGUGGAUUGUUGCUUGGACCAAUGAUGGAAAGGUGUGUACUACUAUCAAGAAAUGUGACGAGUCGGUUACCUGGUCUAAAAUCAUAACCCAACUUCAGCCCCACGAUAGCACCCACGCUUUUCAGGGAUACACAUCAAAGGUUAAUGUUGAGAUGAAUACUAAUGGUUCAUUAACCUUGGAGGCCAAACUCCUUGUCUAAUUUUAACCUGCAUGGUUGGUGUGGUGUGUCAGGCUGUCGAAAUUAAAUAACAAUAUGGUAGUUGUUUACAUAUUAACUGCACUACUAUUUUAUUUUAGAUUUGUAUGUAAUGUAUUUAAAUAAAUUUGAAAAGCUAGGGUUGCUUUUCCUACUAGCUUUAGCUAAUGAAUAAUGCCUGCACAGUUUGUCGGUUUUUUGUUUGUCAUAAAAAAUGUUUAAAAAAAAAAGGUAUAUGCAUCCUCUCUUAAUAGGUAUAAUUAUUUGUAUGUAUUUAAAUAAGUGGCAGUUGCCGAUUGAGUUUUAGUUUGAUUGGUAUUAGUAUUAUUUUCAGUGUAGGAGGGUGUGGGUUUAAGUGCGCUGAAGCGCGUUAUCCUUCUGUUUAAAGAUUGAGAGGGGAUAUGAAUUAUUUUAAGUAUUGCAUAAAAAAAUAGAUAUAAAAAUCUAUAAUGAAAUUAAUGUUUACACUUA